UCACCGCCGUCCUCAUCCGCUCCCUCCCACGCCUCCACGCUCCUUUCUUCCUCCCCAAUCCACCGCCGCCACCACCGUAGCGCAGCCCUCCCACCACCACCACCACAGCUCUCCCGCCAUGGCCUACCGCGGAGGCGGAGGCCGGGGAGGCGGCCGGGGAGACCAGCAGUACGGCGGAGGCCGGGGCGCGCCGGCGGGAGGAGGGCGCGGGGGCGGCCGCGGGCCCACGGGCUUCGUCUGGCCGCCUCCGGGCGCUCCGUCGGCGCCGCGUCCCGCCGGGCCGGCGCAGUACGCGCCGGCCGUCGCCGUCUACCACAACCCCAACGCCACGGGGCCGCACCAGGGCGCCUACCAGCACGGCGUCGUCGUCCGCAACCCCGCGCCGGCACCCUACGCCGCCGUCCGCGCGCCCUCCCCGACGCCGGUCACCAUCCGCGCGCCCUCGCCCACGCCGGCCACCAUCCGCGCCCCUGCUCCGACGCCCUCGCCGGCCGCGCGUCCGUUCCAGCCGGCCCGCGUCUCCGCCCCCGCCCCCGCUCCACCGACCCCCGCGGCCGUCGCCAAGGAGCUGGAGCAGAAGCUCUUCGUCACGGAGACCGCGCUGGCGCCGCCCGCCGCCGCGGCCGCGGCGGCGGUCGCGGCGACGCAGCCCGAGGAGGAGAAGGCCCCCGAGGUGGACCUGGCGCCGGUGUCCAAGAAGGGGCUCGCCCACCCCGCGCGUCCCGGAGCCGGCACAGUCGGCAAGAAGGUGAUGAUCCGCGCCAACCACUUCCUCGUCAACGUCGCCGACAACAACCUCUUCCACUACGAUGUUUCCAUCAACCCGGAGUCAAAAUCAAGGGCUGUGAACAGGGAGGUACUCAGUGAGCUAAUCAAGUUGCACGGGAAGACGUCCCUUGGCGGCAAAUUGCCUGCCUAUGAUGGAAGAAAGAGUCUCUACACUGCAGGCUCACUCCCUUUCGAGUCUGAGGAGUUUUCUGUUACACUGGUUGAUCCCGAAAAGAAAGACAAAGAAAAGGCUGAAAGGGAGUACAAGAUCACCAUUCGGAUUGCUGGGAGGACAGACCUGUACCACCUCCAGCAGUUCCUCAAAGGAAGACAGAGGGAUAUGCCCCAAGAAACCAUCCAAGUUCUUGAUGUUGUCCUCAGGGAGUCACCAUCCUGGAACUAUGUCACAGUGUCCAGAUCCUUCUUCUCCACCACCUUUGGUCACAGAGGAGACAUUGGUGAAGGAUUAGAGUGCUGGAGAGGUUACUACCAGAGCUUACGCCCAACCCAGAUGGGGCUGUCACUCAAUAUAGAUAUAUCUGCAACAUCUUUCUUCAAGCCUGUUACAGUGGUCCAGUUUGUGCUAGAGUUCCUCAACUUACGUGAUACCUCGCGGCCUCUGACAGACAGGGACCGUGUGAAGAUAAAGAAAGCUCUCCGUGGGGUGCGUGUCGAAACAAACCACCAGGAAGACCAAAUCAGAAGAUACAAGAUAACAGGGAUUACCCCUGUUCCCAUGAGCCAGCUCAUAUUUCCUGUUGAUGAGAGAGGAACAAGAAUGUCAGUUGUUCACUACUUCAUGCAAAGAUAUAACUACAAUCUGCAGUAUACUUCUUGGCCCUGCUUGCAGUCUGGAAGUGAUGCUCGGCCUGUGUAUCUGCCUAUGGAGGUGUGCAAGAUUGUUGAAGGGCAAAGGUACUCUAAGAAACUGAAUGACAAGCAGGUCACCAACAUACUUAGAGCUACCUGUCAACGUCCCCAGCAGAGGGAGCAAAGCAUUCGUGAGAUGGUUCUGCAUAACAAGUAUGCUGAGGACAAGUUUGCUCAGGAGUUUGGAAUCAAUGUCUGCAGUGACCUGGUCUCUGUUCCAGCCCGUGUGCUGCCUCCCCCCAUGUUGAGAUAUCAUGAUUCUGGAAAGGAGAAAACUUGUGCGCCAAGUGUUGGACAGUGGAACAUGAUUAACAAGAAAAUGAUCAAUGGAGGAAUCAUAGACAACUGGGCCUGUGUGAGUUUUUCACGCAUGCGUCCUGAGGAGGUACACAGGUUCUGUUGUGAUCUGAUUCAGAUGUGCAAUAUGACUGGAAUGUCUGUCAAUCCAAGGCCACUUGUAGACAACCGAUCAGCUAGCCCCAACCACAUUGAGAAUGCUUUGAGGGAUGUCUACAGGAGGACAACGGAAAUGCUUUCCAAGCAGGGACACGAAAAACAGCUACAACUGUUAAUCGUAAUCCUACCUGAAGUCAGUGGUUCUUAUGGGAAAAUCAAGAAGAUUUGUGAGACUGACCUUGGGAUCGUGUCUCAGUGUUGCCUGCCAAGGCAUGCUGCCAGACCGAACAAGCAAUAUAUGGAGAAUGUUGCACUCAAAAUCAAUGUGAAGGUCGGAGGACGCAACACAGUUCUGGAGAGGGCUUUUGUGCGAAAUGGCAUUCCGUUUGUGUCCGAAGUCCCAACAAUCAUCUUUGGUGCUGAUGUUACACACCCCCCACCUGGAGAGGACUCUGCAUCAUCUAUUGCUGCGGUGGUGGCAUCAAUGGACUGGCCAGAGAUCACCAAGUACAGAGGUCUUGUCUCUGCUCAACCACACAGGCAGGAGAUAAUCGAAGACCUCUUCAGUGUCAGCAAAGAUCCGCAGAGGGGCAAUGUCAAUGGUGGCAUGAUCAGGGAGUUACUGAUUGCCUUCCGCAGGAAGACAGGCCGGAGGCCUGAGAGGAUACUCUUCUACAGGGAUGGUGUAAGUGAAGGCCAAUUCAGCCAUGUUCUGCUUCAUGAAAUGGACGCAAUCAGGAAGGCCUGCGCCUCAUUGGAGGAGGGGUAUAUGCCCCCAGUCACCUUUGUGGUUGUCCAGAAAAGGCAUCACACCAGGCUGUUCCCUGAGGUGCAUGGGAGGCGUGAUAUGACUGACAAGAGUGGGAACAUACUUCCAGGAACUGUGGUUGACCUCAUGAUUUGCCACCCUACAGAGUUUGAUUUCUACUUGUGCAGCCAUGCUGGCAUUCAGGGAACUAGCAGGCCAACACACUACCAUGUUCUUUAUGACGAGAAUCACUUCACAGCCGAUGCGCUUCAGUCACUGACCAACAAUCUCUGCUACACCUAUGCUCGUUGCACUCGUGCGGUCUCUGUUGUCCCACCGGCAUACUACGCCCAUCUCGCCGCAUUCCGCGCGCGCUACUACGUGGAAGGGGACAGCUCGGAUGGCGGGUCGACCCCCGGGAGCAGCGGGCAGGCGGCGAUCGCGCGCGAGGGCCCUGUGGAGGUGCGCCAGCUCCCAAAGAUCAAGGACAACGUCAAGGACGUCAUGUUCUACUGCUGAGCUCCUGUGGAGCUGUUCGUUGUGCGACCUACUCUACCCUACCCUAGCCUGAGUUGUGUGUGAGAGAGCCUGAGAUGGCCAUGACUCUGUUUUUGCCGUGGAGCCUGUUGCUCGUGGUUAUCUUGUUCAGUUCGUAGUAGCCAGGAUGUCUAUGACUCUGUCUUUGUUACCUUCAACUCUAUCUGAGACCUAUCCAAUGCAAGUGGUUCAAGUUACCAAGUGGUUUUGCU